UUUCCUGGUGUGGGAUUCCCCACACAGUGUCAGCUUCUCGCGUGGUAGCUGACUGAGGGCCCGUUAGCAGAGCUGAUGAAUUUUUCCUCCCAAAGACUCCUGAUUCAGAAGUUGGCUUGUGGCUGGGAUGUCCAGGACACACAGAUGUAAACCUGGAGAUGAGACCUGAGGAGAGCUGGGGCCGGGUUGGCCUUGUCCAAUGUGAAGAAGUAGAUUCUGCCCUGGAAGAGCCCAUCAACGUAGAUGAGGAAGAUGGCGGUCUCCAGAUCUGCCGCGUAUGUGGGGACAAGGCUAAUGGCUACCACUUCAAUGUCAUGACGUGUGAAGGAUGCAAGGGAUUUUUCAGAAGGGCCAUGAAACGCAACGUCCGGCUGAGGUGCCCCUUCCGCAAGGGGACCUGCGAGAUCACCCGGAAGACACGACGGCAGUGCCAGGCCUGCCGUUUGCGCAAGUGCCUGGAGAGUGGCAUGAAGAAAGAGAUGAUCAUGUCCGAUGCCGCUGUGGAGCAGAGGCGGGCCUUGAUCAAGAGGAAGAAGAGGGAAAAGAUUGAGGCGCCCCCGCCUGGAGGCCAGGGGCUGACUGAAGAACAGCAGGCGCUGAUCCAGGAGCUGAUGGACGCACAGAUGCAAACCUUUGACACAACUUUCUCCCACUUCAAGGAUUUCCGGCUGCCUGCAGUAUUUCACAGUGACUGUGAGCUUCCAGAGUUUCUGCAGGCCUCGCUGUUGGAAGACCCUGCCACAUGGAAUCAAAUCAUGAAAGACAGUGUUCCAAUGAAGAUCUCUCUGCAGCUGCGCGGAGAAGAUGGCAGCAUCUGGAACUACCAACCCCCUUCCAAGAGCGACGGGAAAGAGAUCAUCCCCCUUCUGCCACACCUGGCCGAUGUGUCAACCUACAUGUUCAAGGGCGUUAUCAACUUCGCCAAAGUCAUAUCCUACUUCAGGGAACUGCCUAUUGAGGACCAGAUCUCCCUGCUGAAGGGGGCCACUUUUGAGAUGUGCAUCCUGAGGUCCAACACGAUGUUCGACAUGGAAACGGGAACCUUGGAGUGCGGUCGGCUGGCCUACUACUUCGAAGACCCUGAUGGUGGCUUCCAGAAACUUCUGCUGGACCCACUGAUGAAAUUCCACUGCAUGCUGAAGAAGCUACAGCUGCACAAGGAGGAGUAUGUGCUGAUGCAGGCCAUCUCCCUCUUCUCCCCAGAUCGUCCUGGAGUGGUUCAGCGCAGCGUGGUAGAUCAGCUGCAGGAGCGAUUUGCCCUCACCCUGAAGGCCUACAUUGAGUGUAAUCGGCCAUAUCCUGCUCACAGGUUCCUCUUCCUGAAGAUCAUGGCCGUCCUCACUGAGCUGCGGAGCAUCAAUGCCCAGCAAACCCAGCAGCUGCUACGCAUCCAAGAUUCGCACCCAUUUGCCACGCCCCUUAUGUGCGAGUUAUUUAGCAGCACAGAUGGCUGAGUGGCUGGCCCUGAGUGGAGACCUCAUGGGGCAGCCAGACCAAGGCAUUCUGAAUUGCCACUUCUAGGGCUUGACAGAUUGACACACUGAUAGCCCACGGGCCCUCUGGCUAGCAUUUCUCAGGAGAAAGACAAUGGGAGCCCCCAAGUUCAGCCUGUGGAAAGUGCUGGCCUAUGAGUUAGACAACCUUUGUGGUUGGGAAUAAACCUCCAAAUCCCAUUAAAUUCUCAGGUGUUAGGUGGGAAAGGAGGGACCAGGUCAGGCCAUGUAACAGUGUACCCCCGUACCCCACACGUGCCCACCCCAAGCUGCUUGUGCACUCCAGGAUGUGAGCCGACCUUCAGGUUCACAGGUGUCACUGCUGAAUGCUAGCAGCUCACCAUGUCCUUCUUCUGGACAUAGCGGUCAAGUUCCUGCAUUGGCCAAACACAUUGUAAAUCACUAACAAUGGGACCAGCUGUGUGUGUGGGGGGGUGGGGUUUCACAGAGUGGACUCAGAUGUGGAUCCUGACCUCAGACUUUAAGAAGAUAAUGCUUAAAUAUCGGUUAAUAGCUUGUAAAACCUUUUUUGUAACAACUCAUGUGAGCCAAAGAAAGGGCAUGCGACACACAGCCGAGCAGCUUUGUGUGGGGUCUGAGCGGCACUGGGGUUUUGUGGGUCACUGGGAGCCAAGGAAAGGGUCCCAAAUGCCGGAAGUGUGUGGAGGACGGGGUGAACACUAUGGCCGCGGGGACCUGCUCGUGACAUGGUGGGGGUAGGUCUGCACCCCCAUCUGACCAGACUCUGGCUUGCUCUCCAGGUGUGACUUAUGACAAAGCUAUAUCCCCAGAACCCGCGUGUAUGGCAGCGUCGGCCUCCUUUUAUAACAGUUUGUAGGGUUGUCUGUGCCUUUCCCAAGCUCCACCUUCAUUUCACAUGCAGUGCUCCAUGCUUGAGAACUCAGCAAGGAUGAUCCCAGGUUUAUUGCCAGAUCAAGACAAGAGGACUUCCAUAAGGAAAUUUGGGGUAGAGAUAGAAACCAUUUGAAAAAAAAAUAUUUGUUUUAUUUUUGCAUGUGUAUGUGUGUCCACUUGUGUGGGUGAUGGGAGGGGGUCAGCCGAGGGUGCUGCAUCCCCCAAAGUUGUUGUAGUUACAGGCAGUUGGGAGCCACCGAUGUGGAUGCUCAGAACUGAACUCCGAUGCUCCGGAAAAGCAGCAAAUGUUCUUAAACAGCCAAGUCAUCUAUCCAACCCUACAUUAUCUGGAGAGGAAAAAAAAGUGAGAAUGA